AGUUUUAGUUUUACUGUUUUUCUCCCCGUUCCCGUUUCUUCUUGCAUCAAACAAAACCAAGUGUCAAGUACCCUCCUUCUUUUCCUGACCACAUUAUCCCACUUGCCCUUUAGUUCGUUUCGUUCAUGUUCAUGGUGUUUCAAAUGACGGAGAUAGAUUCCCCUGAGUAGUGGUAGUACGUGAAUACUAGUCCUACACGGUAAAAAUGACUGGCGGCAGAGAAGUGCUUAGUAACUACACCUUCACAACUACGAUUUCCUCUCGUUUCGACAAUUUUCUUGGCGCACGGCUCUCAACUAGUGCAGGAGGCUUUGGCUUGCUUUCCACCUAAAGUGUCAAGAACUUCGAUUUUUUCACCUGGACCGAACGAAUCCGAAACACGCCGCUUUGCGUCCCUAGUUGUUCCAGCCGGACUAGUACUCAAAUCAAGAAGAUGUUCUCACCAACAACAGAUCAUUCGCUCUCCCCCUUCCUCUCUCUGAAAAGAACACUCGUCUUAGGAGCAACUACUUUACUCCACCCAACCCUAACCAAUGCCCAACUGGUCGGACCCGGUGGCGUCGUACCUUAUGGGGCUGGCGGUGGCGGAAGGCGCGUCAGCUAUGGCGUCGUCCGCGAUGCGGCCAAAGGCUUUUUCCUAGGUGGCUCCAGCAUUCCAGAACUUAACGGGGUCUAUGAACGGGUCUCUGGCUUGCCGAGGGCUUGUGCGCAUACGGGUAUUCACUACAAGGACGGGAGUUUGACUUACCACAGUGAAGCCACUGGCUGGUAUAUGGCGUUGGUUGACGCGAGUCCGCCAUCACAGAAUGACGAAUACGCUGAAGAUGAGGAUGGGUCAGGAGCGAAGAGGAAGGUAUCUAUUGAUAGAAGAUUGGUGGACGGGGUGACUUUUUUUAGUGGCCUAAGGAACAUUAUACACAUUGACAUUUUUGUGUCGUGCCUGGACUUGGCGUUGAGAAGUUGAAGUUAGGAAACUCUAACUCCCUUUCAAUUGCAUCAAGUAGUCAAAUUUUAAACCUCAACUAAAGCCCAACCUCUACUACAUCAGAAGAUUAAAUUUAAAGGCCACAUCCAAUCGCAAUCUUUCACCAGAGUUGUGGAUUCUCAUCAAGAAUUACAUUAAAUUUCAAAACAACUUCAGGUCGCAACCGCAACAGAGUGGAUUCUCAUCGACAACAAAUUGCAAGACCGCUUUAGACACGAAGGAGAAACAAUAUUGCCUGGGAGUGGCACGAGCUGGACGCAUAUUGGAGCAGAUGGAAAACGCAAGAAAUCGAAGGGGGGAUUGUACUACUGAAUUAUUUUAGGUGAGCCUUAGCAUACAUCAACUGAAAGGUGCUGUAGGGUUCGUUCCGCACUGCGCGUGACUGUGUGAUGACUUUUCUGUUUCUAUGUUCACUAAGUACAACACUCUUCUUUUCUUCAUCGAGUGGUGCUGCUAGAAUUCAAUUUGAAAUCGCAAUGGUGCAUCACAUCAGUUAUAAUAGGCUACUUUGGUAGUUGUUUAAGAAUCCAUCGUCAAAUUGCAGAUUCAAAUUUACAACCACGACAGCGCCGACAUCUUCGACGAUCUAGAAUUCCUCUAUCCUCCCGCAACCGAGGAGGAUAAUUUUGUCGAUCUAGACGAGGUUCCGUGGCAGGUGAUCGCUGUCAUGGAUCCAGACAUGCUGCAUCGGUUGAAAUACCACAAGAGGUAUCAUGACCACACGGUUCGGCGUGCGCUUUCCGGCAGUGACUUGCCAGCCCUGGGGAACCCAUCGCACCAAGGAGCUUUCGUGUCGUUGGAGUCGGAUGUACCGGAUCACCUGAGCAUUUGGUUCUCGAUGCGUGGAAUGCUGGGAGAGAAAGCAGUGGAAAGCCAAGCCGUUUAUGCGAAAUUGCAGAGGGAUAAAGAUGUACUUCUUGUUAUACUUAAUUGCGGAGGGAUAAAGUUAAAGAUGAUGUAGUUCUUGUCAUACAAGAUGAACUUGAAUUAUUUCUACUACAAGAAGAUUAGGGCGGACAUCGACGGACAACACUCUUACUUACAUUGUUACUUUCCAUGAUAUAAUAUUAACCCAAUGAAUCGCAAGUGCAUCUUCCGAUCCAUACAAUGAAACACCAGAUCGCCGACGCUCUCGCCAAGAGUGUGAGCAAUAUCCGCGUGCUUAUCCGUGACGGCGCUCAGUACUCCGAAGCCAGUGAGAAGCUUGAGGAGUUUUUAUCCUCCGACGUUUUAUCUGAGCUCCCUCAAGACCAAUUGGCACCUUCCCAGUGGCGAGCGGGAUUAGCGUGGAUCAAGGCCAACGUUUUGAAAGCACAGAGCUAUCUCUUACGUCGUGUUGGCAGCUUGGAGAAGGCUAUGGAGAAAAUCACCGAGGCCCUCUCCAUGUUCCCGAGAUGGAUGGGAGGCUUGGAGGAACAGGCUCUAGUGUUUUUAGACAGAGGAGAACCAGGAAAAGCGAAGGUAAUGUUCAACUUCAAGUUCAUCUACUUUCAUCUGAUUAUAAUGUUAUAAAAAAUAUGGUGCUCAGGAGUUCCUUGUUCUAGAAGGUCCUCUAGAGGCCUGAAAUUCUAAGUCACCGCGUGCUAGAGAAUGAAAUUCUAAGUCUAGAGAAUGAGAGUAUCACAACUUCAUUCGAAACGAGAAGGAGAACUGCAUCUUCAUCCGUAAAUAUAUGUUUUCUUCCAAUCACAAACUACAGCAUCUGUUUGAGCAAAUCCUUCGUUCUUCGCGCAAGUAUCCUGAGCUUCCUGGCUGGCUCUUGAUCGGUCAUACCCACGACAAGCGCCAAUGGGAAGCCCAAGUCGAAUUCCCGGAGCCGAAAUUUGGCGGUCUCCUGGAAGAUGCCCCAGAAGAAUCCAAUUUUGGGGGAAAACAUGACGAAAAUAAGAAGAGGAAAAAAUUGAUCGAUAAUCCUCAACAAUACUUGCGGGAACAUGCGAAUUACUACCGUCUGUUGCAGGUGCCAGUGGAUUUCGCGUCACCCGCCGAAGAAGACUUGUUGAAGAGACAGUUUCGCCAGCUGAGUAAGCACACGCAUCCUGACAAACAUGGAAACGAAUACAAAGAAUUGUUUCAGAAGGUACCACUGGUCUUGCUCUUGGUGUUUGUCAAAAGAGUAAGUAAGAGCGACUAGAAGAAGAGCGUAGGUAGCGCAUGAGUAUCUCUUAAUUUUUAUGUUGAACUUGAAUGAAAACGUGGUGGAGCAUGACCUUCAACCACAACGUGAGAAGGAUAGAUGAGCAUAAGUUUGACUUAAUAUCCUCUAUUAAGUUUGGCUUAACCAAGAACUUCAACUUCAUCAUCCACGACUAAAAACGUCACGUCCCUGUAAUCCACGUCCACGACCCUUUGAAUCACAGAUCGCCAAAGCCUACGAAGUGCUCAGUGACCGCUCCAAACGCAUUGCCUAUGACGAAGGUGAAGACCUGAAUGACCUGGAUGUACAGCAUCGCGUGGAGGAUGAGAAUGGGCAUAGAAAGGACACUUUGAAAGAGGAAGUCGAUAAGAACUACUUUCCGGAAAAGCACGGUUUCCAUCCGUUUGGCGAUCCGUUUGAUUAUGAAUGGUCAUGGUGGUUUUUUAGAAGCAAUGAUCUUGUUCUUUUUAGCGAUUUUGAUCAUCUUUUUCUGAAAUAGAAAUUGAAAAUACAAGCAGAUAACCUCAACUUAGCACAACAAUGAUCUUCUAGGGGUUCUUGGGGCUAGCCUUGGUUGUUUCUCAAAGAGAAGCAAAGAGGGGCGCCAAGAAGUCUUUCUCCUCAUUUCCGCUUCUCAAAGAGAAGCAAAGAGGGGCGCCAAGAAGUCUUUCUGCUCAUUUCCCCUUCUAACCCAUGCGCAAAAAGUCACAAGGAUGGGGUGACACGUAUGACGGCUGGAAAAAGAAGAAGGAUCCGGAACAGUUUGGAGACCGAAUGGCGAUGCGAUACGAUUGCCCGAUUGUCGUCACCGCUGAAGGUUAAGGCUUGAAAGUUGACCUAUCAUCUAAGAGCAUCUCUAUGGUUUCUCCAAGUAGGAAAGCCAUAGAUAUGCGGGCUAGAGAUGCCAACUCUCAACCCCUAAUAAGGAGAUGCUUCUGAGACAGCAGGAGAAGAAGGAGAUGAUGCUGGAGACGGAAGAGCAGAUUUGUAACUUCAUCUGCUCGUUGAGGGGUCUACUUAUAGUCAUCUUUAACGAGAUGAACUAGAACUUAUGGAAGAACUUAUGUUUAUUAAGAGAGUUGCCAUCUUUAUGCAUGUCAACAACAUGAUAGUCAGGACUUACAUACAGCAUAUUCAACACAAGAAUUUUGUCGUUGUCUGUCGAAACGCCGGAGAACAAAAUCUACUUCGAUCAUACAAAAUAGGAUUAGAUUUAUGGUCUUCUUGUACAUCUGUGAUCUUCAUCAUAAUCAUUCAUAUCAGAUAAUAACACCCCUCAUAUAUCUUUAGAUACGUACCUACUAUUUAUUAAUAUUUGUACUCGCACCACCAGUUCCAGUUGUUAAGUCCAACUAAGGGAAGGUCCUAUAUUGGAUGGUUGUUGUUCGAAG